AUGGUUGAAAGUGCAGUUUUAUCGAAUCCGGUUCCAGGGAACAGUGCUGCCAUUCCAAUUGAAUCUCCAAGGUCGGAUGAGCAGCUUGCAGAUACAGAGGAUAGUUCGUGGGAACAGGAUAUGUCAUCUGAUUCCAAGGGCGAUCAAGAUGAGCAGUCAAGCUACAAUAGUUUAGAUUCUACAACUCCAGUUUCCCAGCCGUUGAGUAAAGAUAGAAAACAUGCAAAGCAGGUCGAGCUGGAUUCUCGUUCGGUCUUUGUAAGCAGCAUUACCCCCGAGGCGACAGCGGAAAUGUUGGAAGAGCACUUCAAGGAUGUGGGCGUGAUCAGUAGGAUCACGAUCUUAUACAACAAAAAAACCGGAGAACCGAAAGGUUACGCAUAUAUCCAAUUUGAAUCGAUAAGUUCUGUCGAAAAGGCGCUGCAACUUGACGGCUCUAGUUUCAAUGGGAAUACAAUUUCCGUUGCUAAGAAGAGGACUAACUUGCCAGGCUUCAAUAGACCUUUCAAUUAUUACCCGUAUCAGCAAUUUCAUGCGCACGGCAAUGGGAGAUAUCAUCACCCUCAGUCCCAUCACCCUCAUCCCCAACAGCAUCAAUUCUUUUAUGGUAAUCAGUGGCAGAACGGAUAUCCUCAUGCUCAUUGGAACUACGGCGCAUAUGGUGGUGCUUACACUCCUUAUAAGAAUGUGAAUUUUUACAAUUCAUAUCGUUUUCAACAGCAAGGCCAACACUUACCGCAGAUGAUACCUAAUGAGAACAGUAGGGCGCAUCUGCGUGAGGGCAGAGCAGGUACUAGAGGUAACAAAGGUGGCAAUCCUAAUUCAAGCCGGAAAUCCAGACAGACAGUUGGUCCUAGCAAAACUAAUGACGCUAAGUUAAUGAAUGACCCGCCCGUUUCUAAUAGUACUAGUCAUUCUGUGAAUUCUGUCUCGACAUCUGCAACUACUUCGGAAACGGGUGUGAAGCGUGAAUGA